AUGGUGCCAGGCCAGCCGGGUGGCUUGUCAUCCAGGGAUCACCCGCACCCUGUCAUUUGUGCGCCGGAGAUUCUGGUGGCCUACAAUGGUGGAGGAUGUUCGGAGGUUCGUUUCUGCCUGCACGGUAUGUGCUCGACGCAAGGCGUCCCAUCAGGCUCCUGCUGGUCUCUGGGCCCGCUUCCGGUCCCGGGUCGUCCUUGGUCACAGAUUUCUUUGGAUUUCAUCACCGGUCUUUCCCCGUCCAUGGGCAACACCGUUAUCCUCACGGUGGUAGACCGUUUUUCCAAGGCUGUGCACAUCGUGGCCCUCCCUAAGCUACCUUCUUCAAGGGAGACCGCUGAGUUGCUCAUGGAACAUGUAUAUCGCCUACAAGGACUCCCAGCCGACAUCGUUAGUGACCGUGGCCCCCAGUUUACCUCCCAAGUUUGGAAGGCUUUCUGUAGGGGCAUUGGCGCCACCAUCAGUCUCUCCUCCGGGUAUCACCCGCAGACAAAUGGACAGGCGGAGCGGGCCAAUCAGAACAUGGAGACAGCCCUCCGAUGCGUUUCUGCUCUUCAUCCGCCAUCCUGGAGUAAGGACCUGCCGUGGGUGGAGUACUCGAUGAAUACCCUUGUCUGUGAUGCCACUGGUAUGUCACCCUUUGAGUGCUCACUGGGAUACCAGCCUCCCCUGUUUCCGGGCCAGGAGGCGGAGGUUGCCGUCCCUCGGUGCAAGCCCACCUACAACGAUGCCGGAGAAUAUGGAGGACGGUCGUGCAGCUCUACUAAGGUCAAACACCACGUGCUUGCCGAGGGCCAACCGUCGGCGCACCAAGGCCCCGCAGUACAGGCUCCCUUCCUCCAUGAAGCGGGUCCACCCAGUAUUCCAUGUCUCCAAGAUAAAACCCAUCUCCUCAUGUCCCUUGACACCUCCACCCCUUGCUCCCCCUCCACCACAGAUGGUCGAUGGGCAUCCUCAGUGGACGGUGCGGCUGACUACUGCGAGUGCGCCGUUGUGGUCGUGGGGAUCAUCCUGAUGCACCUGGAGGGUCGCCAGGGUCUCCCGUCGAGGGGUCCUGUGCAGUUUCGAACCCACCACGGGUUGAACCCGCCACCUCUGCGUUCUGCUGCUGGAGUUCCUGUCGCUAUCCACUGCGCCAUCCACACUCUACCAUCUAAGACACUCAGGCUUUCCGGUCCCGGUGUUCGUGCCUUCCAGUCCCCGAUAUGCGGGUUCCAGUCCCAGUGUUCCGGUCCCGGGUUCCGCCUCCAUCCCGCCCGGCCCAGUUCUCCCAUCCCAUCCCCAGACCCCGUCUCCUCUCAGCUGUUAUGUACAGUGAUGGUUGACAUCUCGGCUCGGGUUUUGACCACGACCGGCCAAGCUGACCAGCCCAUCCUCUCACCCCGCCACUAUCAGCACACCGACCCUGACUCGGGCACCCAGCUGGUCUGUGACAAGUGCCCAGCAGGCACCCACGUGUCCGUCCACUGCACCCGGACGGCCGUGAGGGAGUGCAGCCGCUGCCCCGAAGGCAACUUCACGCGGGGCGAGAACGGGAUGAAGAAAUGCCAUCCCUGUCGGACGCCGUGUCCCACGGGCUUCGUCGAGAGAGCCGCCUGCACGCCCAUCCGGGACCGGCUCUGCACGUGUCCCCCCGGCAGCUUUUCGUCGGGGGGCGGCGGCGCGGAGUGUAAGCCGCACUCGCCGUGCCCGCCGGGCACCAGGGUGAAACGGCGGGGCAGUGAGACGGAGGACGUGCUCUGUAAGCCGUGCAUCAAGGGCACGUUCUCAGAUGCGGAGUCGAGUGUGGCGAAGUGCCCGACCCACCGGGAGUGCCGAGCUCAGGGGCUGGCGCUGCUCACGCCGGGGACGAGAGAGACAGAUAAUAUCUGUGGAGCCCCUUCUGCCGCCCCCUCUUCCUCUUCCUCUUCACCCGCCUCCACAACCACCACACUGGGGCCUGCACAGGCUGUUCUUGCACAGGGACCCGGGACUUCUUCAUCCACUCCAUCAUCAUCCCUGACUGGAUCUGCGCAUAAAGGCACCUACAGCCAGUCAGCAGCCAUUCAACUGAGGGGAAACUCGGGUGGGGAAGACCACCACGCAGAGGCGCUUCUCCUCAGCUGGUCUGGCAAUCCCACCCCGGCAAAUCGCGAUCCGCCGCGGAUUUCACAGCUUCCAACUCUCAAGCAACGCAUAGACCUCGAGCAACCGCGCGGGCAACCCAAUUCUGACACUGUGUCCGACCCCAACAAGAGGGCGGUGGAGGCUGUGGAGGGUAUAGAUGUAGUCAGGGUUGGUGUUAGCAAAGUAGCCGGACAGGGGAGUGGAGGUGGUGGAAGUGGGGUCUCCAGCUACUACAGGCCUACUCGCAGGGGUUCCCCACGGCCGAGCACCCACGAUCACUUUGACAUCAACGAGCACCUGCCCUGGAUGAUAGUGCUGCUGCUCCUGCUGGUGCUGGUGGUGAUCGUGAUCUGCAGCGUGAAGCGGAGCUCUCGCGUCCUGAAAAAGGGCCCCGUGCAGGACCCGAGCAGCAUCAUCGAGAAGGCAAUCCAGAAGAAAGCAACUACGCCUCUAACACAGGUCAAAGAGAAGUGGAUCUACUACUCCAACGGACAGGGUAAGCCUGCUGUGUCUGUGAUCGCAACAGCGGUGAUUUCAUUUGAAAGCUUUGGUGAAUUCGCAGAUUCAAAGUCUCGAGACUUAAUCAGUCAUUCGAAGGUUGUUUUCUCAAUGGAGUGA